UUGAGAAUUGAGAUCCGAAAUGGAACAGGGAUAAGGAAGUGUUGACCGUUGACCCUUUUGUGAGUUGGAGAGCAGAGGAAGAUGAUGCCGCAACAAUGGGCGUCUCCAUGUGGAAAUCAAUGCACCAACAAAUACGCUGCACUUACCCAAAUCCCAUUAUUCUGCUUUUCUUUCUCAUUCAAAAUUUCCUUCUAGGGAGAGUAUUCUGCAAAAAGGGCUGCAACUCUGACGGGGAGACAUGGGAGGAAUGUCUGGAGGAAUGCAAUCAAAUAUGUUACAAGGACCCUGUACUAAAGGACCAACAGUGGAGUGCUUAUAUUGAUCGUUCACCUGGUGCGGCCAGUUAUUCAGAGGAAUGUUUCUUUGCUUGUGUAUCUGGUUGCGGUUAUAAGUUCGAUGUGAAACAAGACACAGUUGAUAAAGUUAGUCCUAACAGGCCUCCAAAGCCUGCCCCAGUUCAGAAGCCGAGGCCACAACCCGUAGAAUCAAUUCACCUGCCUGAGGAUAUGCCUGGCACUUCUGCAUAGUGAUAACUGAUAACUGAUAAAAUCCUAGUCUUACAAAAAAACACAGAAAAACUUGCACUUGAUCAUUCUUUUAUAGGCUACAUUUUUUUAGGAAUUUAUUUUUGCAUUCAUCCUUCUUAUCGGCAUGGUUUAGUUCAUUUUAUGGGCAACAGUAUGACUGCUAAUGCCGUUUUGCCUUGAGAUUCUAAAGUUUUCAUGCCGUGUUAAUUAAAGCAGGGAAUGUGGAAAAUUUGGUAGUUUGAUAACCACAGA